AUGGCUUUGCUUUUGCUCUUGAUUAUUCAAAUACAAUAUCUGUUGCAUACGUCACUCGCAUACAAUAUCGAUAUACUAAUAUCAAAAUCAACAAACCCUGACUUGGCAACAUAUCUAUGGAGCUCUAUAAAUAAGAAGUUUCAGAAUAAUUUUACAGUAAGUUUAUCAAGUGUUGAAAGCUGCAAUUUUCAAUCUGAUUGCAUACAUUUGCCUAGUAUUGCGAUUGAUGCAACCUUCAAUACUUUUUACUCAUUUCAACUUAAGCAAUCUUCGGAAACCCAGCAUUUCCUCUAUAUAAGUUUGAGGGAGCCUACGGGUAGCUAUGGAAAAUAUGAAUUUUCAGUCAUAUUUCUUUUGAUUUUCGUUAUCAAGCUUUAA